AUGGGAGGAUCUUGCAUUCGGGAUUGUCAAAUAUAUAUUUUAUUAAUUAUAAAUGUCCUACUAGUCAUUAUUGGUCUUGGUCUUCUCGGAUUAUCUAUUUUCGCAUACAUGGAACCAGGGGUUCAAUCAGUAUUCCUCUCCGCCGAAAUUCUUUACGAGUUGCAUAUUCUAUUAAUCGUGCUAAUUUGUAUUGGUGUGAUAACUGUCAUAGUUGCUAUUCUUGGUUGUUGUGCAGUCUAUCACGAGUCCCCUGGUCUACUCGGUACCUACAGCAUCUGUAUUGCAUUAGUAAUCUGUAUUGAAGUAGCUAUCGGUGUCCUUAGCUUUCUAUAUCAAAGCGAGAUUGAAAAAAGGCUUACUCAGGCUCUCAAAGAAGUAAUACGCAAAUGGAUGUCUACAUCUGAGGAUCCAGACACAGUUGCUCAAAAUAUUGUCACUCGAGAUGUAUUUCAGUCAACAUUUGAAUGCUGCGGUGAAAAGAACCACGAAGAAUACCGGAAUACAGUCUUGCCCACCUCCUGCUGCCCAGAAAACGUUAGUGGCGUCUGUGAUUCAACUGCAGCCUUUACUGUGGGUUGCUAUGACAAGGCCUCCGAAGCCACCCGGAUUGGUUUGCGGGUAUUUACAGCGAAUAUCUUGGCCGUGGCUUCCUAUGAGAUGAUUGGACUGAUUUUUAUAUUGAUCUUCUACUUUACUGUUAUUCGACACUAUUCCGGAUCAUCUUACGUCUCGGUCGCCCGAGAAUAG